CCUCACCCUGUCCCUCCCUCCAGGGCGGGGUCCACAGAGCCUUAAAGUUCAAGGAGUCAGAGCCAAAGUCUGGCAGCAGAGGUGAGCCCACAGCUGAACACACAGAGCCAUGCAGCGAGAGACCCUGGCCCUGGGCUGGGCCAUCCUGGUGCUGCAGACAGUGGCCACGACCCAGUGCACCCCACAGACCGCGCACCACAAGGCCAGGGUGUUCAAGGACCUGAGUGCCCAUGAGCUGAAGGCAGUGCACAACUUCCUCUGGUCCCAGAAGGAGCUGAGGCUGGAGUCUUCCCAAGCCCUGACCAUGGCCAAGAACUCCGUGUUCCUCAUUGAGAUGCUGCUGCCCAAGAAGCAACACAUACUGAAAUUUCUGGAUAAAGGUGGAAGGCCUCCCGCUCGGGAGGCACGUGCCGUCAUCUUCUUCGGAGCCCAGGAGCACCCCAAUAUCACCGAGUUUGCUGUGGGGCCCCUGCCAUGGCCCUACUACAUGAGAGAGCUGCCCCCCAAGCCUGGGCACCGGGCCACCUGGGGCUCCAGGCCCAUCUCCUCGGCCGAGUACUCCCUCCUGGGCCACAUGCUGCAAAAGGCCACGAAGCCCCUGCACCAAUUUUUUCUUGACACCACAGGCUUCUCCUUCCAAGACUGUCACUCCCGAUGCCUGACUUUCACAGACGUGGCGCCUCGGGGCUUGGCCUCCGGCCAGCGCCGCUCAUGGCUUAUCUUGCAGCGCUUUGUAGAAGGCUACUUCUUGCACCCCACUGGGCUGGAGCUCCUUGUAGACCAUGGCAGCACCAAUGCCCAAGACUGGAUGGUGGAGCAGGUCUGGUACAAUGGGAAGUUCUACCGGAGCGUGGAAGAGCUGGCCCAGAAGUAUGCGGACGGAGAGGUGGACGUGGUGGUUCUGGAGGACCCGUCGCCCAAGGGCAAGGCCGGGGAUGGCACAGAGGCACCACCCCUCUUCUCCUCCUACAAGCCGCGUGGACACUUCCCUGCCCCCAUCAACGUGACGGGCCCCCACGUGGCCCAGCCCCAGGGUCCCCGCUACCGGCUGGAGGGCAGCACGGUGAUCUACGGGGGCUGGCGCUUCUCCUACAGGCUGCGCUCCUCUUCAGGCCUGCAGGUCCUGAACGUGCACUUCGGGUCCGAGCGCGUGGCCUACGAGGUGAGCGUGCAAGAGGCAGUAGCCCUGUACGGAGGACACACGCCGGCAGGCAUGCAGACCAAGUACAUCGACGUGGGCUGGGGCCUGGGCAGCGUCACUCACGAGCUAGCCCCUGGCAUCGACUGCCCGGACACAGCCACCUUCCUAGACGCCCUGCACUACUACGAUGCCGACCACCCUGUGCACUACCCCCGAGCCCUCUGUGUCUUUGAGAUGCCCACGGGAGUGCCCCUCAGACGACACUUCAAUUCCGACUUCAGCGGUGGCUUCGGCUUCUAUGGGGGGCUGCCGGGCCAGGUGCUGGUGCUGCGGACCACGUCGACGGUCUACAACUAUGACUACAUCUGGGACUUCGUCUUCUACCCCAACGGGGUGAUGGAGGCCAAGAUGCACGCCACCGGCUACGUCCACGCCACCUUCUACACCCCGGAGGGGCUGCGCUACGGGACCCGCUUGCACACGCACCUGCUUGGCAACAUGCACACCCACUUAGUGCACUACCGCGUCGACUUGGACGUGGCGGGCACCAAGAAUAGCUUCCAGACCCUGAAGAUGAAGCUAGAAAACAUCACCAUCCCCUGGAGCCCCGGACUCCGCCUGGUGCAGCCGACCCUGGAGCAGACGCGUCACCUCCGGGAGCGCCAGGCGGCCUUCCGCUUCCGACAGCCUCUGCCCAAGUACCUGCUCUUUGCCAGUCCCAAGGAGAACCGCUGGGGCCACCAGCGCAGCUACCGACUUCAGAUCCACUCCAUGGCCGACCAGGUGCUGCCGCCGGGCUGGCAGGAGGAGCGGGCUGUCACCUGGGCCAGGUACCCCUUGGCGGUGACCAAGUACCGGGAAUCGGAAAGGUCCAGCAGCAGCAUCUAUAACCAGAAUGACCCCUGGGACCCUCCUGUGGUCUUCGAGGAGUUUCUUCAAAACAACGAGAACAUCGAGAAUGAGGACUUGGUGGCCUGGGUCACAGUGGGCUUCCUGCACAUCCCCCACGCCGAGGACAUCCCCAACACCGCCACACCGGGGAACUCCGUGGGCUUCCUGCUCCGGCCUUUCAACUUCUUCGAUGAGGACCCAUCCUUGGCGUCCAGAGACACCGUGAUCGUGUGGCCUCGGGACAGCGGCCCCAACUACGUCGAGCGCUGGAUCCCUGAGGAGCAGGGCUACUGCUUGGUGCCUGAACCUUUUAGUUAUAACGGAACCUACAGGCCCGUGUGAAGGACCCCAGGGAAGCCCAAAAGCCCCCCAGGGACAAGCAGUAAACCCCUCAGGGCUCAGCUCUGGGUCUGCUUCUUGCGGAGGCACAGAGGGCGAGGCCACCCAGCCGGCCAUGCCCGUGAGACCCACUCAGAUGACAAAACAAGCAGCCUUGACCUCUCUUCACCUUGGUCCACUCCACCCCAACUGACGCUCACUGAAAUACUAUUAUCGACCUAGCAGUUGGCUUUAAAAAGUAGACUGACUGCCGCAUCUUGGAAGUCUGCAGGGGCCUCUGGGGUGUCGCUGGUGGUGCAGCCAAGGUGGACGCUCCAGAGAGCACUUUGCCCUGUGACACGCACCCAACUCCUGGGGCUUUGACGCAGACAUCUACCUACAAACACGGGGGAGACACCCGCACGCGUGAUUCACUACGGUAGCGUUCCUGAUAGCAAAGUCCGGGAGCAGCCCAAAUAUCCAUCUACAAGAGAGACCCCGCAGGUCUGAAUAAACGAUGCCACACCCACACAA